UCUCCCACAACCAGCUCUCAGGCUCCCAGAGGGAGGGGCGGGAGGGGAUCCUGAUCUCACGGGGCAGGGGGCAUCCAUCAUGAUGCUCAACUCAGACGCCAUGGAGCUGGACCUGCCUCCCGCCCACUCGGAGCCCGAGUCAGGCUUCAGUGACUAUGGGGGCGGGGCGGGCCCUGACGCGGCUGGGCCCAGGGGGCCGGGAGGGGGCCAGACCCGGGGCCUGGAGCCAGGAGAGCCCGGCAGGAAAGACCUGCAGCACUUGAGCCGGGAGGAACGGCGGCGCAGGCGCAGGGCCACAGCCAAGUACCGCACGGCCCACGCCACGCGGGAGAGGAUCCGCGUGGAGGCCUUCAACCUGGCCUUCGCUGAGCUGCGCAAGCUGCUGCCCACGCUGCCCCCGGACAAGAAGCUCUCCAAGAUUGAGAUCCUGCGCCUGGCCAUCUGCUACAUUUCCUACCUGAACCACGUGCUGGAUGUCUGAAGGCGCCCGGGCGCACCCCUCCCCGGGCCCCCCCAGGUCCCUUCUCCUCGCCCACUGACUAGAACAGACACCUCUCUCCUGAGCCCUGUGCCCUGGCAUGGAGCCCCCCAGGCCUGGGGUAGAGGAUGAUGUCCCCACGGGUCGUGACCGACCCAGCAUCCCAGGGCUGCUCUCCAGGCACCUUCUCAGUGUGUGGUUGGGCCCCAGCUGUUAGAAGUGUGAGCGGGGAGGGGCGGUCGGUGUCCAGUCCUUGUUGGAUUUACUAAGCUCACCACACAUUGGGUCCCCCUAGCUCUCUCAAGGGUUGCUCCCUCUUCUAUCCCAGGUACAGAUUUCCAGAGACCCAGACACCCCCUCCCCCCCAUCCUCUUUCUACCCUGUUCCAGGGCCUCCUGCCCAUGGUAGGGAGGGAACAUCAGAACAGGAAGGGGUGGGCUUCUUCCUCGGAGAUCUCAGUCUAGAUUGGCAGAGGGGCCUGCGGAGAUGACAUCAUCUUGGUGGCGGGGAGUCCCAGUAGCUGACAUUGGGGGGAAGGCCUUCCUGUUCUCUAUCUUGUUCCUGAAGAUGCUGGCCUUGAUCUUACUCAGUAGAGAGUGCCUUGCCCUCUCUGAGCUAUUUGCUCCCCCUCCUCGGCCCCUCCCACUCCCACCUUCCCAGUUUUCUCCCUCCCUGGGUGCAGAGCUAGAGAAAGGCCAGCCUGGAUCCUGGGGCAGGGGAUGAUGUCCCCAAACUCAUCCCAGGGAAUGGGUGGGCCAGAGCUCACCUCUGCUUCCUGCAUCCCAGCCCACCAUGAAAAUGUGCAAACCACAUCAGGUCCUCCCUGGGAUGCAGAGGGUGCCUCAGCAUGGCCCUCUGGGAAUGCUCAGGUCUCCUGGUCCUAGGGCCUGUUUAUCAUCCCCCGCCCCCUUUCCUUAAACUGCCUUCAGCAAGGGAAGUGACCCUCACCCACCCCACCUCCAGCGCUCUGCCCCCACUGCCCCGUCACUGAGCCCCACGUGCUCACCGGAGCCUGGGGUCAGCAGUAGAACAAGGGCCCUAGGACCUGUGCAAACGCAAGGAGCUCGCUGCACUCAGCACGCUCCUCCCUCGCACCAAACUGCUAGCUCUACAAGGAUAUUUAUUUAUGUAUUUAUUUAUUCA